AUGUCUCUAGUUGUUCCCGAGGCCCACCAACAGUUUCAACACAUUCUUCGUCUCCUCAACACCAAUGUUGAUGGUCGAAUCAAGAUCAUGUUCGCUUUGACCCAGAUUCGAGGUGUCGGGCGUCGGCUGGCAAACGUUGCCUGCAAGAAGGCUGAUGUAGAUCUCAACAAACGGGCUGGUGAACUUAACCCCGAUGAACUUGAACGAAUCGUCACCAUCAUUCAAAACCCCGCUCAAUUCAAGAUUCCUAAUUGGUUCCUCAAUCGACAGCGCGACAUCGUUGACGGCAAAUCUUUCCAGGUUCUCUCUAACGGUCUCGACAGCAAGAUGCGAGAAGAUUUGGAGAGGCUCAAAAAGAUCCGUGCUCACAGGGGUCUCCGACAUUACUGGGGCUUACGAGUCAGAGGUCAACACACCAAGACAACCGGUCGUCGGGGAAAGACUGUUGGUGUGUCGAAGAAGCGUGGUUAG